GGAGGAGAGGACAGAGGAUGGAGCCAGCUGGGGAGAGGAGGAUUCCACCAAUGUAGGAACAUUUAGACUGGAUUUCUCCCAAUAAGCUGCAAUGGAGCUCGGAGCCGAGAACUCAAAGCCGCGGUGUGAGAACAGAAUCUAUGACCCGCAGCGUCCGGAUGCCAAAGCCAGCGCCGACGGCCGCGCGGACACCGGGGCGCAGAGACCCACGUGGAGCGGGCAGCUGGAGUUCAUCCUGGCCACGGUGGGGUACGCGGUGGGGCUGGGAAACGUCUGGAGGUUCCCCUAUCUGUGCUACAGCAGCGGCGGAGGUGCCUUCAUUAUCCCCUACCUCACCAUGGUUUUCCUCUGUGGCAUCCCUCUGCUCUACAUGGAGUUUGCUGUUGGCCAGUAUACUCGUUUAGGGCCAGUGCAUGCAUUCGCCAAAAUCUGUCCCCUCUUUAAAGGUGUAGGUCUGGCCACAAUUGUCAUUUCCUUCGUCUUCUGCACGUUCUACAAUGUGCUCAUGGGCUGGGCCCUUUUCUACUUGUUCAACUCAUUCAGAGGAACCCUCCCCUGGGCGUCUUGCAACAACACUUGGAACGUUGUUGAAAACUGUUCCAGUGGUUUUCCUGGCAAUGCCAGCCACCAGCAGUCUUCAAGCCAACAGUUCUUCGAUCACAGACUUUUAGAGAAGACUGGUGGCAUUGAUGAAGCUGGUGGCAUGCAGUGGGAAGUGUUUGGCUGUCUCCUCCUUUCCUGGGUCAUCAUUUAUUUAUGCAUUUUUAAAGGAGUCAAAUCCACUGGCAAGGUGGUGUACUUCACUGCUGUUUUUCCGUACUUUAUCCUGUUCGCCCUGCUUAUCAAUAACGUCCAGCUUCCUGGAGCCAAGGAGGGCAUCCUCUAUUUUAUAACACCUGUUUGGAGCAAACUGUUCGAAGUCAAGGUUUGGGUGAAUGCUGCUGCCCAGGUGUUUAACUCACUUGGAAUAGCAUUCGGCUGCAUGAUUUCAAUGGCUAGUUACAACAAGUUCAACAAUAACAUCACCAGGGAUGUGUUAAUAGUGUCAUUAACCAACUCAUUCACCAGUAUCCUGGCUGGCAUUGUGAUCUUCUCGGCUAUUGGCCACAUGUCUUAUAAACACAAUCUACCAGUGGACAACAUCGCUACAGAUGGUCCUGGUUUGGUGUUUGUUGUGUACCCUGAAGUCCUCUCCACCAUGCCUGGCUUUCAGCUCUGGGCUCCUCUCUUCUUCUUCAUGCUGCUGUGUCUCGGUCUCGACAGCCAGUUUGGCAACGUGGAGGUGGCCGUGACCUUCUUGAAGGAUGAGUUUGGAGUCAAAGUUCUGCAGUACGUGAAGAGAGAGGAGCUGCUCACUCUGCUUGUGUGUGUUGCGGGGCUUGUUUUGGGGAUUCCUCAUGUCACUAAGGGCGGUAUUUAUGUGUUCCAGCUGAUGGACCACUGCACUGCUGUGGUUUCCCUCAUCUUCCUGGCGUUCUUCGAAAUAGUGUCUGUAUGCUGGAUCUUUGGAGUGUCGCGUCUCUCCCGGAUGGUCAAGAGGAUGCGAGGCGAGUCCCCGAGCAUUUACUUCCGCAUCUGCUGGCUGCUCACCUGUCCCCUGCUGAUUGUGUGCGUCCUGGGCUCCAGCAUUGUUCAGUACACGCCUCCUCGCUAUGGAGAGUACAUGUACCCAACGUGGGCUGAGUUUGUGGGGUGGGUCAUCACUCUGGUCUCCAUAAUAUGGAUCCCACUUUGUGCUGUUCAUGAGCUCUACACUAGCAAAGGAUCACUUCUGCAGAGAAUUCAAAAAGCGGUGACUCCUACAUUAGACCUGGAUGCCCUGGAUCCUCAGCUAGAAAAGCUAAAUCUAGACAAGCCAGUGUUAGAAAAGCUGUUAAGUUCAUCAGUGUAACCAGAGAGCCAAAACCAGCUCUGUCUGUGAGACGAUUAGUCCUGCAGUGGGAUGCUCUGAUAUAUUAGUAUUUAUCUGUUUUUAGACGGUAACAUAUUUACAAAAGAUGUAACUUCAGACAAAUGGUCAAUUUUUUUUGUAGUUUUUUUUUUUUUGUCAAGUUUUUAAAUCUAUGGUUUUAUCUAUCAUCUGUAAGAUGCAUAAGAAGGAAAUAUUGUGUUUAGGGUCUUAUUGCAAUGUAAAAAGUAAAUUUAACAGGUUAUUCUUUACACUUUCUUACUGCAGGGAUGAUUUUCUCAGGGUGAUCUUGAUUAAUGUGCUUCAUAGCUUAAUUACUCUAAGGGAAUGGCAACUAAUGCUUCUGUAAAUCUAAUAGAUAAUGGCUGCUUCAGGGUCAUAGUGACACAUCCGUGACUCUAAGGGGUCGAGCUCCUCUACAACGAGGGCGGCAGCAAAGCGUUGCCUUUUCCUGCCUUCAUCCCCCUUUAACUCACGUUCUGCUGUUUCUACAGCACUAUGUUUUUAUUCUAUCAAUCAAGGAGUUACUUUUAUGAUGCUGGAAGUACAGAGAUUUGAAAAAAUAGGCGUAAAUGGUCAGCCCAUAAAAAAAGCGAGCAUAAUUUGCAACAGAUAAUUUACU